CGGCAGCAACAACAACAAAUAAUAAAGCGCGGCGGCCGUCAGGGGAGGGUCGAUGCUUCGCCGCGGAACUGCAGCGGCGGCGGCAGAGACAGAAACAUGGACAGCAGCGAGUUGUUCACCAGCUGCAGGAAGGGAGAACUGUCCAGAGUGCGCUAUCUGGUUGAACAAAGAGAUGUGGAAUUAAAUGUAAAAGAUAAAUGGGACAGUAACCCAUUAUACUACGCAUGCCUGUGUGGACAUGAAGAACUUGUUCAAUAUCUGCUUGACAAUGGAGCAAAAUGUGAAGCCAAUACCUUUGACGGGGAGCGAUGCUUGUACGGUGCAUUGAAUGAUUCUAUUCGGAGAUUACUGAAAAACUACAAGCAGAUCACUGCCAAGUGUAUGCAGAGAGAUUAUUAUGAUGACUUUCUCCAGAGGUUACUGGAGCAAGCACUCUACAGCGACGUUUCCUUCCUAGUUCAUGGAGAGAUGUUCCGAGCACAUCGCUGUGUGCUGAAUGCACGCUCGACGUACUUUGCCGAAAUGUUUCAGACAAAGUGGAAGGGAAAGAAGGCAAUUGCUCUAAAGCAUCCACUGAUUAAUCCAAUGGCUUUCAAGGCAAUUCUGCAGUAUUUCUAUAUAGGCCGCCUCGACAUUGAAGUGGAAAAUGUGGAAGAUUUUAAAAUCUUAGCAAAGCAGUGCAAGUUAGAAGAUCUUAUCAGUGAAGUGGAAAGCAAAUGCAAGAAAGUGUAUGAGUUUGUCUCUUCAAAGCCUGGGACUUGGGUAAAAGUUCUGACUUUGGAACCUGAUGAAAAUUGCAGGCUACAAGAUGACAUGGCCAUGCUCGCAGACUGUGCCCUGCCAGCUGAACUGAAGGUUGGUUUUGGUGAGCUGCCAUUUGACAGUACAGACAACUUUAGCAACUACCCGGAUCUGAGUUUCAGAGUAGAAGGCUACAUCUUCCUUUGUCACAAGGCAUUCUUUUGUAGUCGUAGCGAUUAUUUCCGAGCAUUGUUACAGGAUCAUUUUUCUGAAAGUGAGGAACUUCAGAGUCAGCCCAGUAUUCCCAUGGUGACACUCCACAAUGUGACAGAGGAAAUCUUUAUCCGAGUCCUCUACUACAUCUACAGUGACGCUACCGAGUUAUCCCCGGAAAAUGUGUACGAGGUGCUGUGUGCUGCUGACCUGUAUCUUCUGCCAGGCUUGAAGAGGCUGUGUGGGAAGACCCUUGCAAUCAUGCUGACUGAGGACAACGUAGUCAGCACCUGGAGGACCGCCAAGCUCUUCAGACUUUCCCGACUGGAAGACCAAUGCACGGAAUACAUGGCUAAAAUCAUAGAGAAGCUUGUGGAGUCAGAAGAGUUUGCACAAGUGGUACAAGAUGACGCCACGGCUGUUGAGGACCGACAGGAGACUGACUCUAUCCCCCUGGUGGACGAUAUCCGCUUCCAUGUUACCAGCAACGUACAGACUUACAGCGCCAUUGAGGAAGCUAAUCAGAAACUGAAAGCCCUGGAUGAACUCCUGGCUAGAUUGGAACUCGAGUGUUAAGUUGCUUUGCAGUUGUGACCGGCUGCACACAUCCCAUUGGAAGUACUGUGCUAAAAAAACGAUGAGCUCUUUGCUCAGGCAAUAUUUUUCAUUUCUCGUAAGCUCAACUACACUUUAACGCGAUAAGAAUCGAGGACUUUUAUUCGAGAGAUGUGUCCCAUGUUGGCCUACAUUAAAUGGAAGUUUAAAGCAAUAAGAUAGAGCCCUAACAACUUUUUAAACUUUCCAACUAGUGCAAAAUUAUUAACAGUAAUCCUCAUUUUCCAAUCUCAACAAUUAAUGUUAUCAACUAUGCAGUUUCCAACAUCAACGAUGGUACUUCAGUUUGCUGCAGACUUGUUAGAAAUCUCUGGUUGCUGAGAACUAAGAAACGCUUCCAAAUGCUACCAAACUCUUUAUGGUCUGAAUCUUAACUGUUACAGUAUUUGGAUAAAGAAUGCUAAAUAUCAACAGUUUAUCUACCAUAAUCUGUAGAACAAGGAGAAUGAACAUCAAAUCAAAUGUCCUCAACUGAAAUGUGCUGUUUGUUAUUUUGCAUCCUUCUUUCAGAUGCAUCAAGUUUGCAAUAUUUUCUGUGCUUUUAUUUAAGAUUUUGUCAUUUGCUGUGGGGUUUUUUUUGUUUCAAGAAAGCUUGUGCUGCAAGGAUCUGGAUUAUUGCAAAUUUGCAAAAUAAUUUAAAUGCAUUAAUUCUUGCAUUUCACGCUGUAUCCCUUCAAUAAUAAUAAUGGGUUUUAGGCGUCAGCUUUGCUAACUUCAUGUGCUGUUUUGUUUUGCAUUGUAACAAUAUUCAGUCUGGCCCAGCAUCCUUGACCGGCCAGCCAAGAGAGAGUACUGUACUGGCAGGAAUGCCGAGUGCCUGCUGUUGUUGGGAUCUCUGCCGAUCAGGUCACUUUUGGUCCACUGCGUGAUGUGAGUCAAUGCCAUAACUGGUGUUAAAUCCCUAAACAAGCAGCUACUAUAAUAAAUGUAGCGAUGAAUCACUCGCCUAAUAAGGUCUGAAUGUGUGUUUGAAGAGGCAGUGAGUAUAAUGUCGUUGCUCCUCCCUCUGAGUUGAAAUUGACAUUUGCAUCUGUAACUAUUUAGUUUAACUUCUUGGUAAAUGCCAGGGCUGUUUGAUCAUAAGACAUAAGAGCAGAAUUAGGUCAUUCGGCCCUUCGAGUCUGCUCAGCCGUUUGAUCAUGGCUGAUCUAUUUUUCCCUCUCAACCCCAUUCUCCUGCUUUCUCCCUGUGACACACUUACUAAUUAAGAACCUGUCAAUCUCCGUUUUGAAAAUACCAAAUGACUUGGCCUCCACAGCCAUCUGUGGCAUGAAUUCCACAGAUUCACUGGGCCUUUGGCUAAAGAACCCUCCCCAUCUCUAUUCUAAAGGUACAUUCUUUUAUUCUGAGGCUGUGCCUUCUGGUCCUAGACUCUCCUAUUACCAGAAACAUCCUCUCCACAUCCACUCUAUUUAGGCUUAAUCGUGCACUUUACCCUAGAUUCUGUACUUAGAUUUGCAUAGACCUGCAAGUAAUUUGAUCCACCCUGGUCCAAUCUGCUAAUUUGGUUCAUAGUGGCAGCUCUAGCAUUUGCAUUCAUUUUUGCAUUUCAAGCUGUAUCCCUUCAAUAAUAUUACUUGCUUUUUCAACGCCUUCCUUCUUUCAGACUGCAAGCAUGGUUCACUAUCUGAUGUUGUCGCUCUUACAUGGACCAUUCUGUGAGAACGGAGAUACGAGGAACUGCAGAUGCUGGAAUCUGGAGCAAAACAGAAAGUGCUGGAGGAACUCAGCGGGUCAGCCAGCAUCUGUGAUGGGAAUGGGCAGGUACUAUUACGGGUUAGGAUCUCCUUUAGACUGACCUGUUCCGACCCGAAAUGUUGUCUGUCCAUUCCCUCCAAAGAUGCUGCCUGAUCCGCUGCGUUCCUCCAGCACUGUGUACAUUGCUCAUUCUGUGAGAAUACUGAUAUUAAUGACGGAACCCUUCCUAUUUAUCUCAUCCCAGCUUGAAGAUCCCAAGACCAGAUCAAUCCAUCAGUAAAACACAAAGUGCUGGGGGAAUUCUGUGGGUCAGGCAGCAUCUGUAGAAGGUCUGAAGAAGAGUCCCCGACCUGAAACCUCACCCAUCCAUUUCCCUCCACAGAUGCUGCCUGACCAGCUGAGUUUUGCUCAAGAUUUCAACAUCUGCAGUUCCUUAUGUUUACUAGCUUCUCUGCUCCACGCUCACUCAUUGACCAGAUGACCACAGAUUAUCCUUGUGAUCACCCUGGUUCCACCACAUCAGAGACGUUGCUAGGAUUUGAGACCCAUCUAUGCUGGGGCUCAACUAUUUCUCGCAUACAAGGAUGUUUCUACAAUUGGGAGAGUCCAGGACCAGAGGCCACAGCCUCAGAAUAAAAUGACACCCCUUGAAAAAGGAGAUGAGGAGGAAUUUAUUUAGUCAGAAGGCGGUGAAUCUAUGGAAUGGCGGAGUAGACUCGAUGGGCAAAAUUACCUAAUUCUGCUCCUAUGACUUAUGAACAUAUCUCAAUUGCCGCUCAAUUAUAUCUCCAACUCCUCCUCUCCCACCAUCUCCAGACCAGUGUGAAUCAGCCCAAUCCUAAUGUUGUCCAUAAUUGAGGCUGGGAUCGGUCAGUCCAGAGUAACACCAUCUGACUCCGUAUCUUCUCAUUAAACAUAUGAACUAUAUGUUUAUUAAAAGCGUUAAAACCUGUAAAACCUAAAGGAAACUGCGCACUUAAGAUUCUUGCAGGGGUAAAUGCCACUAUCUCAUUGGAAACUAUACUAUCACUAUCCUUUCCUAUCACAAUACUAAUUAUAUUUGCACCCUUGUCUUCAACCUUGGCAGUUGGAUUCUCCCCUCACCCCUCCACCCACCCGCCCCCCUCCCAUUACUACCCCCUGCAGCUACUGUAUAUCCAGUAAGUACUGCUGUGGGGGACAUCAUUGACUUUGUUGCAAACGACCUGUUUGUAAACACCCAGAUGACAAACGCCCAUAUUAUAAUCAAUGACUUCCACAACAUCAUUAAAACUAACCCUACCACCCUUAUUAAAACUAUCUUUAUUAAAACCACCAGUCCUACCCUUGCGCAUGACCUGAAGGUCCCCACUAAAACUACCAGGGGAUCGGCUACCACCAAUAUGGUUAAACUAAUUAAACGGGGGUGACUAAUUAUACUAAAUUUCAUUUCAUUUUUUUAUUUGGAUUCCAGGCUCUGCAGGCAUAAUAUGAGGUUAAUUUGCUUUAUUCUUUCCAUUUUUUUUGUUAAAAUAUAUUUCUCUGCAUUGCUCUAAUUUGUAUUGUACAAAAAUGGAAAUUCAUAUUUAAUGAUUGUUCUUAAAUGGCUACCAGAAACGAUAGUUUAUUUUAUCUAAUUUAAUUUGUAUAUAAUAUAUAUUUCAUUUAAAAUCUGUUUGGGUCUCACAUUAAAAGAACGCUCCUUCAGUUCGGAUUCAAAGACA